AUGCGUAGAGUUUUCUUUUCAGAUUUUGACGUAGCGCCUAGACAUCAAGUUGACGUAUUAGGACUCAAAGUGAUUGGUCAAGACCGGACCCCACGAGCUACGGGAGGCCUACACUCUCUUAUCUCUUACCCGGGUGAGGCAAAGAAAAAGGGCGUGCCAGGUCGUUAG